AAAAAUCUAAAAUGACAACUUUCUUGUAGUGAAUUUCAACCCCUCGGAGUGAAUAUUUGAGUGUGUUAUGUAUUUUUAAUCCGUGUCAUAUGGAGGCUUUUACUUUGCCUCAUGUUCCAUUUUUCUCUUGCGGGAGGAAUUCACGUUAGCUGUCCUGCUAGGCUACAUUCACUAAAUUCAACAAAAGAACAAGGAACAGCAUCAUUAUGCACCAGCAUCUGAAUGAUUAUGUCUCACUGAUGCUUGGCGGUGAAUGAUAGUCUGCAACUCAACCAGCAUCAACACCUCUUCUUUGAAAAUUGCUCUUGCUGAGCAGUUGCUUUUUCUGCUGUUUUGUCUUCUCACCAGCCCUGCAGCAUGUCACAGAAAUACCCCUACAUGAACACAGGCGAUGACUUUCUAUCACAUCAAGACAUGUAUGCAGAUUCGUCCCAGAGACAGUCCAAUACAUACCGGCCAAGCAUUAGAUCCUCGUCUCAGGAGCAAAAAUGCUCUACAACAUCUUCCAACAGAACUGUAGACUCUCCUGUCCACUUACCUGGGAAGGCUUUGUCAUUUCUUCACAGCUGUGGACUGGACUCGAGCGACAUUGCCCACCUUGCAGAACUUCCUGAGCAUCUCUUCACGGUCGAAACACUUUCCAAAAUGCUUUUACAGAUCAAAGAACGUAAAAUGUCCAACGCUUCAUCAUCUAGGCCCAGCACAAGUCAGCCUCUUGACAAUACCUCGACUCGUCCCUGGGACGGUAGCAGCCACACCAAACCUGUUGAGUAUCUGAUUGAUCGACCUGGAGAUCCAAUGUACCCUCUUCCUCCAGAGCAAGUUCAAACCUGGCAAGACCGCUGGGGGAAUCCUCGAAGAAUGAAUUCUUUAACCACUGCUACCAGCGGUCCCAGCAGUAAAAGCAGCAGUGUUUCAGACUACAGCAUCUCUGGCCCAUAUUGCAAUACCACAGACUCACCAGGGGCUUCGUCACGCUCUUUUGUUGAUCUCAGACCGAGGCCUCUCCUUUCUCUGAGAUUAGAGCCACCUGUUAUCGCACCUACUAGGAAGGAGGCCUCAGACUUCACUUGCAGAAUUCCCCCGGCUUUUCCUCAUACGUGUUGUCUCUGUGACAUUUCUGUCCGUUCUACAAAGGAGUGGCUUUUUCAUGUUCGAGGUCGUGAGCAUACUAAAAGUCAGCUUGAACUUGUGAAAAAGUACCCAAAGUGGGCACAGACUGUUGAAUCUGCACGAAGGAAUGAAAGCUCGGAAGUUUACAAGGUGCCAACCAGGACAGAGGCCUCAGACUUCAAUGGCACCGUUCCCCCAGUUUUUCCUUACUUGUGUGCUCUCUGCAACAUCACUGUCUUUUCUGAAAAGGACUGGUCUGUGCAUGUUACAAGUGGUCAGCAUGCUAAGAGCCAGCUUGACCUUAUGGAAAAGUACCCAGAGUGGGAUGGGACUGUUCAAUCUUCUAGAAGAAAUGAUGGUCACACCUCCACAGACAGAAGAGAUGGAACCUCAAAAGAAAAUACUUCAGACAUGAAGAUAUCACAAGUGAAAGAUAAACUAAGUUCUCGAGUUGUAAGCUUCACACCAUUACCUGCUGGAGAUGGUAUCACUGCAGAGUUGACUGCCAUUGCUAAACGUUUUGGAUCUGUCAAAAAAUCCUUGUUUCUGCCAAACCGGGGUUUUGUGGAAAUGACUUGUUUAGCAGAAGCCAAGAAAUUGGUCGAACACUACUCAGCCAAUCAACUGAAAUUAAAAGGCAAAUUAAUUCAAGUCACCUUCUCUUGUGAAUAUAACUCACUAAGAGAUGCAGAAGUUAGUGACAAAACACAAUCCCGGCGCUCUCACACCCACAGGAGAUCUAGCCCAGGCAGGGAUAGCAUUCAGAGGGACUCUCCUAGUCCCAGGAGAAGACGUUCGUCAGAGAAGACCCACUCUAGCCCUACAAGAAGGCUUUCAUCAGAAAGGACUCGCUCUAGCCCCAAAAGAAGACGCUUGUCAGAGAGGACUCAUUCUAGCCCCAAGAGAAGACGCUCGUCAGAGAGGACCCAUUCUAGCCCCAAAAGAAGACAUUCAUCAGAGAGGACCCACUCUUCAAGGAGUCACAACGUAAAAGAGCGAAAAGAUUCUCGAAAAUCCAAGGAGAGCUCUAGUACUUUCUCAAAUUCGUGCCAUUUUUCAAGCUCUGCUGAUAAAGAUGAAGCUGCAAAAUCAAGCGCAGAUACAGAAGAAAACAGGAGUGUGAGCAACAACUAUGUUGAAAGCAUGGAUUCAGACAGUGACCUUGAAGGGCAGGAAGUGAUAGAAGAUGAUGGUGAAGAAUUGGUGCAUGACAUUGAUGAUUAUGAGCCCACAACAAGUGACCAGGAGAAUUUACCAUCAGAACCUAUGGAUAUAACAGAUGUUCAUACAGAGGAACAAGGAAAGACUGGAGAAGGUUCUCCAAAUGCUGAUACAGCAGAAGCAUCAAACAGUCUGAAGGAGAGCCAAAAGUUUGAAGAACAUGAAGACCAGGAAAUAACAGAGGAGGACCAUGACUUCCCCAAGAUUCUUGAAAAUUAUGUGACCUUAGAUGAAUUCAUAGAAGAAAAUUCUUCAGAUUCUCAAGAAACAGAUGAAGCAAAGGUGUCAGUCCCAAAAACUGAGGAAUCAUCAGACGAAGUAACCACCUCCACAAAUUUUGUACCCUAUACGAAGCAAAGUGAUAAAGAAUCCAAAUUGCCUAAAGAAGAAGGUACCAGCAAAACAACUGCAGAACCCAAUGCCUCAGAGAACCUAGAAGAUGGUGUUGAUCAGCUUAAAGAGGAACAGGACACUGAGGGAGUGACGGACGACCUUAAGAUGGCACUCGCAUCUGAUGCUGAGAGAGUCGCAGCUGAUUCUAAAAAUCAAGAUAUUGUACUACGUGGUAACGUCUUGAAGAUUACAGUGUCGGAGAAGUACUGCCAUCUACCAGAAGAAGGACACAGACCCCCACCCUCAGAAGACAAAUGGCCAGCCAAGAGGGAGCACUCUGAGGAGAGAGAGGAAAGCCAGAGCGGUUCCUCAGCAAAAACUACCACCAUGAAUGAAGAGGAACCCCCAUCCAAAAAAGCUAAAGAGAAGAAGCCUAGCGAGGAGAAAGCUCUGAGUGUACCAAAGGAGGAGGAUGUGGAGGUCAAAUCUGAGCCUUGUGAGAGUGUAGCUGAAGUGAACAGUGAGCAUACAGAGGAACACAACACAGAUAUGACAGAAACUCAGAACGUGGAACUCAAACCACUGAAGGUUGAGAGUGACACUGAUGUUCCUCCUACUGAGUCUUCAUCUGUUGCAUCCUCUGCUGGUGUGUCUGAGAAGAGCCAAGAGCCGACUGAAGCCCCCACGCCUCCAACUGAGUCUGUCAGAAAGCCUGAAACCAUUAUAGAUGCUCUUGGCCCAUAUGAGCCAAACGUCCCUGUGGGUGUGGAGUUUGUGAAGAUGGGCUAUUACUGUAGAGUGUGCUUCCUUUUUUACUCCAAUGAAGACACUGCUAAAAAGGUUCACUGCAGUAGCCAAGCACACUACGAGAAACUCAAGAAACACUUGGAAAAGGAGAAGGCCAAAGCACAAAGUAAUCGUGAGAAAAACUGAAUAUGGAGGAGUGUAAUUGUACAGUAUUUGGUUGUGCAUGAGCCUUAGUUUGCUUAGUCUCUCCUUUUGGAGGAUUGAUUUUAGUGUCAUUUUUAGGUUGAUUCUGUCAGUUGCCUAUUUACUGUUUUUCUUAUAUGUGUAUUAGAAAAGUUGCCAUAUUCAUAAUAGAAGAACUUUCAUGGCUGCUUGCUUGUUAUUUUUUUUCUUUCUUUUUUUUUUUUGGUUGCCUACCACGUUUUGUUCUGUUAACAUUAAAAACAUUUCUUACACUGAC